AUGUCGAGCAAGAUCAUCCCCUUGCUCCUCCGCCACGUGCUGUCGGGCACACCCUCGGACGACGACCUCCUCCCCGCCCUCCACUCGCGCUCGGGCGGCGCGCACUGCAAUCCGCCCACCGGCGACAACCGGCUCACCAACUUUCGCAAGGGCACCAUGGUUUGGUACCUCAGCAAGGCCGCCGGCGCGCCGUGCCCCUUCAGCCGCGCCGGGAUCAGGCUGUGCGACUACGGCGAGAACGGGAAGGUGGGGUAUAUGCCGACGACGGACAGGGAGAAGAGGGAGAGGGACCGUGCUAGACGGGCGGCGAACCGGGGGCUGAAGAGGAAGAGGCUACCCAGAGCGUGCGCGGACAAGAGCGCGGCGUCGGAUUCGGGCUCGGACGCGGAGAAACCGCCGCCGAAGGUGAAGCUGACGCUGCGCCUCAAGCCGAGCCUCAUCCGGGCGAGCUUGUCGCCUUCGACGCCGUCGCCGUCUUCCGUGUCGCCGACCGCGUCUGCUACUCGAUCAAGAGAAAUCGUCGACUUGUCCAAGAUGUCCGACUCGGACUCCGACUCGGAUGAUUCUGACGAUUCUGGGGAUGUGUCUGAAGACGACUCCGGUCUCCAUGUCUCCGGUUGUGGAGUCCCAUCCCGUGCCAGAUGUUCCGAUGGAUCAACGACCUUCACUUGCGUAUCCGUCAGUGCGAGCUACUUCCAUGCCGCCUUACACGGUAUCGUCAGAUGGUCGGUGCCUAUCCUUCGCAUUACCUCCUUCGGUGGAAGCUCCUGUCUGCCUUUCCGAAGAUCUGCGUCCGUCACCCAUAGCGACGCCUCGCCCCCUCCAGAUUCUGAUGACGAGGUCCCCGCUGAUGGCCACGAUUGGGACUCGGCCGGGGCUCGGCGGUACUCGUCUGCCGAAGAGCCGCCCUUCUCCGAUGAUGAGGAUAUGGAUGCCGACUGGGGGCUUCGACGCGGAUGA